AUGCCUGCUCAAGCUCAAGCAGACGGUCGCGUUGGCUCGCGCAUCGAGAACUACAGCAAGUUCUGGCAGAAGGAUAUCAAUAAGGAGGGCGAUGUUGACACGGACAACCGUGUCGACAGCUAUCAGGACGUCGUGAACGGCUACUACGACGGUGCUACGCAGCUGUACGAGUAUGGCUGGGGCCGCUCCUUCCACUUCUCUCGCUUCUACAAGGGCGAGAGCUUCGCCGCGUCGCUCGCCCGCCACGAGCACUACCUCGCGGCGCAGAUGAACCUCCGUCCCAAAAUGCGUGUCCUGGACAUUGGCUGCGGUGUCGGCGGCCCGGCGCGCGAGAUCGCUCGCUUCGCCGACGUCGAGAUCAUUGGCCUGAACAACAACGACUUCCAGGUCGCACGCGCACGCCAGUACACGAAGGAGGCCGGGCUCGAGAACCAGGUCAAGUUCGUCAAGGGCGACUUCAUGAAGCUCGCGGAGCAGUUCGGCGAGAACGCGUUCGACGCCGUGUACGCGGUCGAGGCGACCUGCCACGCGCCGUCCUUUGCGGGCGUGUACGGCGAGGUGUUCAGGGUGCUCAAGCCCGGCGGGGUCUUUGGCUGCUACGAGUGGGUCAUGACCGACGCCUGGGACGCGAGCAACCCGGCGCACAAGGCGCUCGCGCACCAGGUCGAGCUCGGGAACGGCAUCCCGGAGAUGCGCCCGCUGCACACGGCGCGCGACGCGGUCAAGGAGGUCGGCUUCGAGCUCGAGCACGAGGAGGACCUGGCGGAGCGCGACGACCCGGUGCCGUGGUACUACCCGCUCGAGGGCGACAUCAGCAAGGCGCAGACGCUGUGGGAUCUCUUUGUUGUCUGGCGCAUCAGCCCGACGGGCAAGUUCGUCACCCACUACGGCCUUAAGAUCAUCGAGAUGCUCGGCAUGGUGCCCAAGGGCACGCACGACGUCGGUGAGCAGCUCAAGGUUGCGCAGGAUGCCCUCGUCAAGGGCGGCCAGACCAAGCUCUUUACCCCCAUGUACCUGAUGAUCGCCCGCAAGCCCUCAGCAUAGAGGCUUUCCGGCACGGUGUUUCUCUCCCUCGACUCUACCUUUACUAUACCCUAUCUGCUCAGUCGUCCCUAAUGUGCGUAGACAUGGCAUUGGAUUACUUACCUUUACACAUCCGGGUUGCCUACUGGCUAACAAAUACACAUUCCUUGAAAACACUC